UGAUAAAGGGAUUCACACUGGACAAAUGGUUCUGCGGCUAGUUGAAGCAGUUGGUAACUUUUCAACAGUUCUUUCCUUCUCUCAGUAUGUAUGCAAUUAUGUACUAAAACACACACACACACAAGCACGGAGAGGAAUCUGGAUAUACUAAGAUUACCUUGCGAGGGGCCACUAAAGAGGAGCGUAUUACCAUUAUCCGAAAAAUGGAUACACAUAACAAGUCUGAGUGGUUGUUAAAUGGAAAAGUGGUGCCUAAGAAGGAUAUUGCUGAAAUAACUAAAAGGUUCAACAUCCAAGUCAACAAUUUGACUCAGUUUCUGCCUCAAGACAGAGUCUGUGAAUUUGCUAAGUUAUCUCCUGUAGAACUUCUUGAAGAGACUGAGAAGGCUGUUGGCGAUCCUCAACUUCCAAUUCGGCAUCGUGCGCUAAUAGAAAAAGGUAAGGAAGUGAAGGAUUUAGAACGAGUAAGUUUCUAG